AUGAAUGCGAAUGAUGUGAAGAAUGAGUUCGAGAAAGAGCUUGCUCAACUUCAAUUGAAUGGAAUGAUGAGACUUCAGGACCAGGAUAAAAAGUAUCAGGACGAAUUGAAGUACGAACAGAAAAGAGCUGAAAUUAAGUGGAAACACGAAACAGAAUUGAAGAAACUUGAAGAGGAAAAGGAGAAGGAAGAGCGUCUACUUCGAGAAAAGAACAUGAAACUUCUCAAAGAAAGCAGCCAAGAAAGCCAGAAAUUAGACAAGAAGGAGGGCAAUCAACUUCAAGAAAUGUUGAAUCAAGGUAUGGCUCUACGGUCAAAUAUCGAGAGAAGAGAAGAAAGGAAAUCGUCGGGGAAUGUCAUAUUGGAAACAAGAAACAAAUGGAAUUCAGUCAAAGAGAUUUAUGACUUGGUUAAAAUGGUCUACUUUAUGAGAAACAGCAACGAAGGCUUCACUGUGGAUGAGAUAACUGAUAUAUUGGAGCAUAUAAAACGUUUGAUGAACAAGAAAGAGGAGUUGGACAAUCAUCUGAUGGUAGUGAAAGACAAUCAUCUGAUGGUAGUGACAAAACGGGUUUACUCCGCUUGGGUUCCCUCAACCCCUCUCACCGGAGUCUUGGGAAAGUGGAAACAAACUGCGAGCAAGGAACAAUUCGAGAAAGUUCAAUGUAAUCUGGAACUACUUUCAACUACAAAUAUUGAAGAAAUGGUAUCGAAUUUGAGGAGAACUUUGAAAUUAAACAAAAGCACCGAUCGAAAUUUGUUAUUGAAAAUGGAUGAAACAAUCAAUAAUUACGACAUUUCGGUCGACAACUUCAUUCAAAAUCAAACUGGUUUAAUGCUUUCUUCGAAUGCCAUUGAUUAUUGA